AUGAGUUUAGUAAUAACAGUAAUUCUUAUUUCCUUAACCAUCUCAAUUAUUCUAGCUAUUGUUUCCUUUUGACUUCCCCAAAUAACACCUGAUUACGAGAAACUCUCCCCUUAUGAAUGUGGCUUCGACCCUUUAGGGUCAGCUCGCCUACCAUUUUCCAUUCGUUUCUUUCUAGUAGCUAUCUUAUUUCUUCUUUUUGAUUUGGAAAUUGCAUUACUUUUACCCCUCCCAUGAGGGGAUCAGCUUCCCUCCCCCCUACUUACAUUUUCCUGAGCAUCAGCUAUCCUAGUACUUCUUACCCUGGGUCUGAUUUAUGAAUGACUUCAAGGGGGCUUAGAAUGAGCAGAAU